AUGUCGGAGUUUACCAUAACCCCUGCAGAGGUAAGAAAGGAGCUUCAGGAACUAAAACAGUCCAAAGCGGCUGGACCGGAUGGAGUCCAUCCAGCCAUCUUAAAGCCAUUGGCUGAAGUAUUGGCCGAACCCCUAGCCAAACGUUUUAACCAGUCUCUGUGCGCAGGGGAGUUACCCACGGACUGGAAGUUAGCCGAGGUUGUUCCUAUACACGAAGGGUUGUAG